UUUCACCUCUCAUCACCAACACCUCCGCCCCCACCCCUCUCCUCACCACCUCCCGUCGGCCGCCGCCCUCCUCCUCCCUCUCCUCACCGCCGAACAGCGCCGCCUCCUCCUCCCUCUCUUCCACCCUUUCCCUUUCACCUCUCAUCACCAACACCUCCGCCCCCAACCCCUCUCCUCACCACCUCCCGCCGGGCGCCGCCCUCAUCCUCCCUCUCCUCACCACCGAACAACGCCGCCUCCUCCUGCCUCUCUUCCACCCAACAACGCCUACACCCAGGAACCAAUAUCCAAAGAAAUGGCAAAAAGGAUUAGGAUUAAUUGGAAGCAAGAAGGUGUUGAAAAAACCUUUCUUGAAGCAUGUGUUCAUGAAGUAACCGUUAAUGGACGUGAAGGAAGCAGUCUUAAACAAGCGUCAUGGAAAACUGUAGCUGAAAAUUUGAAAACACAACAUAAUUUCAUAGUGGAACAACGUCAAAUGAAGAAUCACUAUGAUUUUCUAAAAGGAAAAGUUGCAGCUUGGUUAAAGCUUAAAAACAAAACCGGGAAUGUCUAUGAUCCAGUUACAAACAGUUUUAACUUGUCAGAAGAAGAGUGGCAAAUUGAGAUGAAGUCUAACAAGUAUGUAGAAGCUUUGAGAAGUGUGCCACUUGCUUACCGCGAGCUUUGUUGUCAAUUGUAUGAGGGGUCUACUUCAAAUGGGUUUGAUAGUUGGGGGCCAAGUUCUACGCUUCCCCAGGUAAAGUUGUUAGCCAGGAGUCAAGUAUUCGGUCCCAAAAAAAGGAGAGAAACGAAAAUAUACGGCAACAUUAGAGUCAAAUCUUAUAGAAGUUGGUGAAGAUAUUAGCAAGUUGGCAAAGAUGAUGAUUGAGAAACACACACUUUCUGAUGAUAUGGAUGCAUGUUUGGAGAAAUUGGAGACAUUGGGUUGGGAUGAGUCGGAUGUGAAAUACGAAACAACGCUUUUGCUUUUUGGUGAGAGUUCCGAUCUUAGGAAACUGUGGGUACGUCUUAAGCCGCAGAAUUGUGAGAAAUGGGUUAAGAAUGCGGGAGCGAAGUAUGGAUUGUUUAACUAAGAUUGUGCUUUGAUUGUUCUUUUUUGGGUUAGAUGUUAUGCUAUGGAUGUUAUGUUUUGGGUGUUAUGUUUUGGAUGUUAUGU